AUGUCCCUCCUCAUUCUGAUCGGGGUCUUCGAAACUUACCCCGUGCAGAGUGAUCCCAGGGAUCUUCCAAAGAAUGAACUCUCCCGAGUCAAACCCGAGUUCAAGCCCGAUGACUGGAAGGCUACCGCUGGAAAAGCGCCAGUUAUUAACCCGGCAGAUAUGGAUGAGAAGCACUGGGGCAUUGUCAUGCGCAAUAACGGUGUUCUGUGUGGGCUACAUCCUCAGGGCGAAAUCGCCAAGGAGAUCACACUACCCUCUGGAAAGACUGUCACCAUUCCUUUGAUUACCGUGCCAACUCCCGCCAGAAAAGCCUACUGUCCCGCCUUUGCUAUCAAACCGAGGGCUAUAGCGCCCCAUGACAUCACAUUUGAAGACAAGGACAAAGAGAAGGUGUCUGAUGACAAAACGAAGUUGUUUUGUAUUCCGAGGUUCCGGAUCACCGACAAAACAAGCGUUGAAGUCUUCGAGACCCGCAACUCCUUGGAGAAGUCGUUGGCUGAAAGUGGAUUUACUCAGCACUCGGUGAAGGGCGGCGUAGGUGGCACGAUAGGCCCUGUAUCAGGAGGCUUCAGUGGCGGCUAUAAUUCUCGCACUGAUAACAUCAACGCCGAUGCCUUUUCUGUCGAGAGAAAGUACAUGCAUAUCAGUUUCAAUUUUUACAAGCAGUUUGGGGAAUUGUUUGAGCCUGAAGUCCAUCUGGGUGGUCGACUGUUUUCUACUGAGGAGUUUGACGGAGUUGUAGGAUCGACAGUUGGACAAAAGAUCACCAAUCUUAAGAUUGCAGCCGGCGCCUCUUUUUCAGGUGGAGGGUUCUCGGCGAAAGUCAGCGGCAAAUAUGAGGAAGCAAAUAAUAAAAAGGAGGACAUCAAAUCGGCCACAAUGACCCAGUCAAUUAGCUGGUGUGCUGACGGAGGCGACACCACGCUUUGCAAUAACGCUCCCGCGUGGUGCCCUACUGUUGCUUCAUUUUACAACUGGCGUGUGAUGCAGAAAACCAAGCUCGUCAAACUCGUGGACCACAUUGGGUUGCUUCCCACGUACAACGAUAUCCCGUGUCUCACUCGAAAUAUAGAGUGUCUUGCUGCUGCUGAAAAGGACUGUCUUUCGUUUUCCAGCGAGAAUUUUGUCAAUUUUGCUCCUGUCCCAUCACCGGAAUAUUGUGUCUCUGAUGUAUCAUUCAAGAUACCUAUUGCGGAACCCAGCACUCUCUUCUACGAUAAAGAGGAUGAGAAAACAAAGAUCAAGGUAUAA